CAUUCUCCUUCUCUCUCUAGAUAUAAUCUCUCUAAACCCUCCCCUCCCAAAAGCCUAGGAAAUAAAAGUCUGUUGGUUGCGGCUAAGUCCGAUCUGCCAUCACAAAAUAUUUCUUAGGUUUUUUCCUCAAAAACCCGCCGAGCCAAGCCGAAGCUCUGUCCGAAUUACGCCGAAAAAUGGCCGAUUGGUGGCAAGGAGAAGGAGUUUAUGUCGAUGAAUUUCAAGCGGUUGGGGAGGACGUCGAUAUAUACAACCAACGAUAUUAUCUCGAGCAAGGACCGGUGGAUCCAACCGACUUGUACGACCAACCCAACCAUCGGUCAAGGGAUGUUUGGAACGAUCACCCGGUACAUACAAUUCUUCACCAUUUGUCCUUCUUUUAUUUUGUUAAUGUGCCUAGUGUAAUAUAAAAUAAAUUUAUGUUUAUUUUUUAAUCGUGUU